UGCACUGGCGGGUUUAUUUAACCGGCGUGCACCGCGCGUCGGUCUGCUCGCUGCUGGAAGACGCGCGCAACAGAUGCGCACCGGGGAAUAAGCCGUUAAUACGCUCAGGCGAAACCCACCCACCCACCCUCACGCACCCCCUCAGUCCCACGCCUGUCGCCGUCUCCGUGGAAGAAGAAGAAUUGUGCGCUUUUUUUUUUUUUUUCCUUUUUUUCCUUUGGGAAGCGAUUUUACGCACAUCGCUGGGAAAGCCGGUGUUGCAACAUGGUGGCCCAAGUGUCACCCAAACGGCGCCGCAGGUGAACCCCCCCCCCAAACUCGGACGCGCGUGGAAUGACAGCAGCGCCCGUUCGUAGGCAGCAUGCCGCCCAAGAAAAAGGGAGAGCGUCAUGACUCGGACGCCGCUGAGGAAAGAAACGCGCAAGUGCAGUUGGAGAAAGCAAAGUACCGGCCUGUGGCUUUCGCCGUACGCUGCAACUUCUCCUACACGCCGGCAGAUGACGACAACGUGCCGGUGCCGGGCCAGGCGAUCACCUUCGAGGCCCGAGACUUCCUCCAUGUUAAAGAGAAAUUCAACAACGAAUGGUGGAUCGGGCGACCGGUGAAGGAGGACGGCGUGGUGGGCUUCAUCCCCAGUCCGGUCAACCUGGAGACCAUCCUGAUCAGGAGAGAAGUCCAGGCCAGGAAGGCGGCCAAGGCCUUAGCCAACAAAGCGUCAUCACAAGUGGCUCAAGAUAUGAAUUCAAAGAAAUACACGCCACCUUCGCAAGCCAAUCAGCAAGUGAAAAAGAAGCCGGGGGAACAGGUGUCCAUGUACGACGUGGUGCCCACCAUGCGCCCUGUGGUUCUCAUGGGGCCAUCACUGAAGGGCUUAGAGGUUACAGACAUGAUGCAAAAAGCUCUCUUUGACUUCUUGAAACAUCGAUUUGACGGCAGAAUCACAAUCACACGGGUGACAGCGGACAUCUCUCUGGCCAAACGCUCCAUAUUCAACAACCCUGGGAAAAAAGCAUUAAUUGACCGCACCAACACCCGCUCCAAUUUAGAUGCCGCUGCCCAGAUCCAGGGGGAGGUGGAGCGCAUAUUUGAACUGGCCCGCAGCCUGCAGCUGGUGGUGCUGGAUGCGGACACCGUCAACCACCCUUUACAGGUGUCCAAGACCUCCCUUGCUCCCAUCCUCGUCUACGUCAAGAUUUCCUCUCCGAAAGUGUUGACCAGGCUGAUCAAGACCAGGGGAAAGUCUCAGACCAAACACCUCAAUGUCCAGCUGGUGGCUGCAGACAAGCUCGCCCAGUGUCCGCCGGAAAUGUUCGACGUUAUCUUGGACGAGAACCAGCUGCUGGACGCCUGCGAGCACAUCGCCGACUACUUGGAGUUGUACUGGAGGGCCACGCAUCCUCCUGAGAUGGAACCCACAAACGAUCUGGUGGCCCGCCUGGCCGAGAACACGCUGCCCACCAGUCCCACCGUCAUACCGGACGAGCAGAAGAGCAAGAAGUCGACCGCGCCCAAGAGGAAGGGUCCCCGCGACAACCCUUCCGGCCAGGAGCCCGCCUCCUCUGCCCAGCCGCAGAAACCCGACGAGGGUCGAGGACAGGACGAUGACGAGGAGCAUAUCCUGAGCACAGAAAUCCACCGAAGCCAGCACUCUCGCCACCAUCGCCACCAUCACCGCCAUCACCGCAGAACAGACGCCAGUCACACCCGGAGGCUUGACGAGGACGAGGAGGACGAGGAGGAUGGACGCUAUAACCAGCGGGACCAACACCAUCACCGCCAUCAUCAUCACCAUCAUCACCGCGACGACCACGACCACCACAGGCCUCGGCAGCAUUUUCUGCCGGACCACAACAACCACCAGGGCAGAGACGGAGAGCGAGAGAGGAGAGGAGGGGCCAGGGAGAGGGACAAGGCCCGAGACAGAAACGCCAAGCUGGGCCACAGGGACUCGCAUUUACACUAGUUUCUCUUCUGACUUUAGACUAAAUGUGUGAAAAAUAGGAUCGUCUUUUUUUUUUUUUUUUUAAUAACAGUAACUUUUGAUCUAGUUGCGGUGCAAACAGAGCAGUUAUACAAAUAAAUCAAUCUCACUAGCACAA